AUGGAUAAAUUUGAUAUAUCGGAAUCGGACAUUUUAAGCAUACAAAAGAAAUUGAACUUUGUUAAGGAGUUCUUUCAGGAUGACAGUUAUUGGCCAAAGAACGCAACAACAGGAAAACAUAACAAAGUUAACGAUCAUAAUCGUGGAAAAAUGAUACAAAUAGUAGACAGUCUAACAAACAAAAUACUAUUUCUUGAUAAAUGUAAGGUCAAAUCAGACACGCACCUAGAACUUGUCAAAGACAAAAUAGACAAAGUAUUAAAAGACCUCGACUUAUUAGCGGUCGAGGGCCUAUCUAAUAAAAACAGGUUUCAGGUAUACGACCUUGCAAAAGAAUUAAAAGCCUCUCUUGAGACGGCUCAAUUGAUCCUUUAUGAAUACAUGCACGAGGAACUAUCUGAAGACGAACAGAUGAGGAUCCUGCGUAGCCCGACUAGCCAAGGCCCACCACAGCUGACUUACAGACGACUAGACAGUCAUAGUUCGGUUGUCUCGGUGACCGAACACACUCGUUCGGAUACGGGUAGUCUUGAAACUCUGGAGGGUCCGUCUACUUCGCAGAAGAGACACGAACCCGAGUUGAGUCCCACUGAUAGGACUGAGAUUGAAAUCAAAAAGACAAAAACAGAUGAAGAAUCUGAGGAGACUGUUGGUGAACUAAAUCACCUAGUCCACGCGGAAUUGGACAACCUAAAAACAAUUAUUGAAAGCGACAGCUUGAAUAAGCGAAUAACAGUUACUAUGCGUAAAGAACUUACGGGAUCUUACAACCGUAUCUGCUCGAUCGUAAGAGACAUUACGUACCAACACGCAAAGCUUGAAGGGGCUUAUAAAGAAACAGUAAAAAACAAAAGAGAAAGGCCAAUUAAGCCUAGCAGACCGCAAACAAUCAUCACAAUUAACGAUGAUGAUGAUGAUGAUGAAACAUCCACAACCGCGAGUAGACAAGGACAAAUCUUAUUCAAACGCAGUCCAACGUAA